UUUGAUGUGAAGCGGAAGAAAAAAAGCAUAAGGGCAUCUUGAGGACGUCUUGUGCGACUAAUGUCAGAGGAGGACAGGAAAAAUAACGGUGAAAAUGAAGCUCCCUAUUUAACAUUUUACAAUUGUUGGUGGGUUUGUUUUGUUUUGUUUUUCCAGAAGAACUGUCCAGGACUGAGAAGUAAGACUAAAAACAUAUUUGAUCACCUAAUUUUACACAACAUUAAAUGGAACACUAUUUCCACUGUAUAUUUGCUGGAUGUUUUUCUAGUAGUAGUAUUGGAUUAUUGCUUUUGUGGUUUCAUAAAAUGUCUUAUAAUUGGAGCAUAGUGUUGCCGUCAUUAUUUUCUAUCAGAGCAAAUUAAUGUCACAUUUUCUUCCUCAGUGUAGGACGAAAAUAAGAGGAUGGGUAACCCCACUGCGUACAUGUGAUAUAGAUUCGUGACUGUGCAGAGGCUCAGGAGGAAACAAGCACAAUGUCGGACAGCAACAAUGUGUGGGAGUCACCCGGCAGUGGGACUAUGGACAUGCUUGAGGACAAGAAUGACCCAAGAGGAUUCUCUGAACAUGAACUCCUUGACAUCAUGUAUAAUGCAUGUAAUACAUCCAACUCAGGAGAGGUGUUGGCCUCCACCAUCGUCCAGUACCUGAAGACCAUGACAGCGCAGAGUACGGAGCAGGACAGACUGGCUGCCCUGCAACGGCUGCUAGACCCGGACUGUCACGACCCACAUGUGAGCAGAGAGACUUUCCACGUCACCAUGAGAGAGUGGAUCGCCCAGUGCAGCCAGGACAGCGUUGAUGUGGAUGGCAGUGAUGUAUCUUGGUCAGAUUCAUCUAAAGGACCAGUAAAUGCACUGGAUUACUCAAGUUCUCAAAGCAAAGCAGCCUCAUCAGAAAGCCCCCAAUGUUCCUGUGAUGGAAAAGACCUGCUGGGCACUGUGGCUGAACUGAAGCACGCUCACCACAAGCUGAGCGAGCAGAACAGCAGCCUGCUGAGGACGGUGGCUCAGUGUGAAGACGUGAACCUGCAGCUCACUCUGGAGAUCACUGAGCUGCGAGCAAAAGUGGCCAGUGCACAGCGGUCAGCAGUGAGAGUCAGAUCCAUGACAGAGGAACUGGAGGAGACCCGUCAUGCGUUUAAAGAGGCCCAGGAGAAAGCCACUCGCUCCCAGACCAGCUACACAAAACUGAGCAAUGAGAUUGAAUGCCUGAAGGUUCACAUCAGGAGGAUUGAAGACAAGAAUGAAAAACUCACAUUUGAAAGGACGUGUUGGGAAGAGGGCAUCAACAAACUUAGGAAGGUCAAUGCUGAGUUGAGGGCCGAACUUGAGGAAACCCUCGUUAUGUUGACACUGAGAGACAGAGAAAUCACAAAGAAAGACAUUCUAACGGAUAAGAUGAAGAACUCUCAUGUGGAGAAUCACAACAUGAUUAUGGAUCUGCAGUCAGAGCUGAUGAGGUUACAGGAACAUUCACAGCAAGUUCUUCUGAGGUAUGACCGACACUGUAUCGGUCCUCAGAGUCUCUAUGGUCGAGACCCUCCAAACCACCGCUCUCUGCAAAGUGAGAUGCAGGAUAUGCAGAAACAUCACAGAGCUCUGGACGACAUAAGCCUCCCGUCCCUCCACACACACAGUGAUGAUAUUCAGAGCAUCAUUCACAGGAUCAAGAGCACAGAGAUAGCAAAUUUUCUGCAGAAUAAGUAUCCAGAGAAGGACUCUGCUCCUGUAGAAACACAGGAGAGGCCUUUCCCUCAUCGACAGCAGCAGCAGGCAAGCAUCAAGCAGCAGCUUGUCAAUGUGCUACAGGAGCUGCAGAAGUGUGUGGGGGAGGAGAGGGGGGAGAAGGUGGAGGAGCAGCGGAGAGCCUGGGAGAAGGGGCAAAAGCAAAGUCAGCCUGUGAGCCAGACUCAGAACCGGGAUGGCAAGAAGGUGGCCGUGGUGAACUGGUGGAAAGCCCUCAGCGUAGAGCAGGCUAAGGCCCGGACAAAAGAAACCCAGUCGAUCCAGGAGCUCUCUGAGACACAAGAGAAGCUCCAGCAAGCAGAGAAGACAAUCACUGAUAUGAGGGAGCAGGUCAGCAACCUGCAAGUCUCCCUCAAAUCUGCACUGGAGUGUGUCUCAGAGCAAAAACACAGAGUUUGUCAUAUUGACAAGGGGACAAACACUGAGAGAGAAGAAGCAGACAGAGCUGUGGAGAAGGUGGUAAGGGAUCAGCGGGAUGUGGCGGUGACCACGGAGAUAACAGGUGGAGCAGCCUCACAGCAGGAGCAAAUCCAGCUUCAGGUGACUGCAGACGGACUUCUGGCAACCCUCAGAAGGAUGGAGGCCAUGGUCACCAAUGCCCUGAAGACUGCCGAGCUGGUGAGAGAGAGCGAGCAGAGGGUGAGCCAGGUGAGGGUGAGGAUGGAGAGCAUCACCCGGAGGGUGGAGGAAGCUCUGGGCCGAGCAAGCAACACUGACGAGCAGCUGCAUGUACUGGAAGCCAGGAUCACAGAAAGAGCUCCAAAUCAGUGUCCAGGUCCCAGUCUGUCGGCUGAUCCUGCACGAGAUGCAACAUGCUCCGCGACUGAGUCCGACGUGGAGCCUGAAAACCGAGAGAGAACAGAGAUUCCUCCUUUGUCUCCCACAUUCCCAGAAAUGAUUGAGCCUCCGCAGCUACUCGAGAAUGGCAGCACAGGACGAGGCAGCUGCAGCAAGCUCCAGGAAGUGGAGAGACACUUACCGCAGGAAUCUCCUUUUGAGCAAAGUGACCAUAACUCCAACGAGUCCUGUGACAGCGCUCGUCCCGCUGAGGGAUCUUUUGUUUUCCCCCACACCCGCUCUCGCCCCUCACUGCUCCCCACGAUGCCCACCUUGCCCGAGGAAGAGGAGGACUCCCCUGAGGAGCUUGACAGUUCCUCCAGCUCGCCCAGUACUUCUACACCUUGCGAGACCCGAGCUGUUGUCAUGACUGCCCCCACCAUCGUCUACCCACAGCAGGCAAUUCUGGUCCAACAAGAUGGACGUCCUCUGGAACAGGCCAGGCCACACAGUCCCAGAGCUCGCCUGAACAGAAUAUCCUCUGGAGGACCCAUCACCACAGUCGACAGUACAGGUAAUGUGAUUGACCUGGUGAAAGAUCAGCUGCCGGAGCUGCAGCUCUCAGAGGAGGAUCGACAGAAGAACCUGGAGCUGCUUGAACAGGCCAAGAAGGUCAGCGACCGCUUCCUGACGCGUCGUGGCCGCCGCUCCACGAGCAGCCUCACCGACUCACCCACAAGGCUUUCUCCACCUCCGACUCCAUCAUCCUCACCAUGCUCAUCUAAAAGCAGCUCCCUCACUGUGGCCCCACAAUCUGCUGCAGGGCCCUCAGAGUCGACCCCGUUCAGCUCACAGUCUGUUGGUCAGAAUCUAGAUGUUUCCUCAGUGAGAGGAAAGCCUGAAGUAACGACCCAGGAUCAGGAGGGCAGGCUGCUGCUGGAUUGGAAGCCCACUGAGAAAAGGAAAGUGUCGUCAGGGACUCUAAAGCCCCGUUUAGCUGUUCAGAAGGAGAACUGUGAUCCUGCUGUACCCAAGAGUCCCGCAGCGGUCAAUAAAGCAGAUGAGGGAGCUGGUUCAGGCCAAAACCCCAACCAGGCCCCGGCCACAGGAGUGGCCAAGCCCGUCCCCCGACCCCCCACUCAACAGGCCCCCUGUACAGCAGAGAUCAAGACAAUUGGGGCCUUCCCUCCACUAAUGAGAGCUGUUUCCUGGGAUGCUGUAGGCAGCCUUAAUUCUAGAAAUGGAGCCUCAGGUUUCCCUCCUACAGCGGAGGACACUUUCUCAGACAAACCCAGAGAUGUUUUCAAGUCUUCAGGAUACAAGGACCUCCCUGUACAGCCGGGGGGUGUACAGAAACUGUCUAAACUCAGAGAGGAGCACAAGCUGAUGCGUAACCAAAGCAUAGUGGGAUUGAAGUUACCAGACUUGAGUGAAGCUGCUGAACAGGAAAAAGGUCCUCAGCCCUCUCUAAACUCAGCCAGUAACUUGGAGAUGAAGGAGAAGUCUGAUGCAAUGCCGAACAUCUCAGAUGUAAUGCUGAGAAAACUCAAACUCCAUCGGGGUCUGCCGGGCUGUGCACCCCCACUCACUGAAAAGGAAGUUGAGAACGCAUUCAUCCAGCUGUCACUGGCUUUCCGUAACGACAACUACACUCUGGAGACUCGGCUCAAACAGGCAGAGAGGGAGAGGAACCUGACUGAGGAAGACACAGAGAAAGAACUCGAAGAGUUCAAAGGAGCACUGAAGAUGACUGCACCGCAGUUGCAGAACCUGGAGCAGCGCGAAGCCUACCAGCGCCUCAUAGAGACACUCGCAGUGCUGCACCGCCUGGCCACGCGGCUCUCCAGCCGAGCAGAGAUAGUUGGAUCAGUUCGACAGGAGAAACGUAUGAACAAGGCCACUGAGGUCAUGAUGCAAUAUGUGGAAAAUCUGAAGAGGACGUAUGAGAAGGACCAUGCUGAGCUCAUGGAGUUUAAGAAGCUGGCCAACCAGAACUCUAAUCGCUGUUAUGGAGGCUCCGUAGACACUGGAGAUGAUGGAGUCGCACGGUCGUCAAGAUCAAUGUCCCUUACCCUUGGAAAGGCUCUGCCCAGACGCAGGGUGAGUGUGGCAGUGGUGCCUAAGUUUAACCUCCUGAACAUCCCAGGUCAGACUCCAGCCACAGCUGGUCCAGGCCCCAACCUAGCCUCAGGCCCCAUCCCGUCGUCAGGCCCCAUCCUAGCUUCAGGCCCCAACGUGGGACCCACCACUGGUGCUGCUCUUCCUGUGCUGUGUGAAGCGAACAAUAUGAAAGUCAGCACUUCCUCAGAGGCAGCACAACCAGCAGCAGAAUGUGGAAAGAGUGUGUUGGAGCAGGAAAGUGAGCCGGCCAAGCCUCCAGUCAACUUAGAGGAGAUCAGAGCGCAGAUCAGAGCCGAGCUCAAGGCAAAGAUUGAGGUGGAGGCGUACGAUAAAGGCUACCAAGAGGGACUGAAGCAAAGCAAAGCUCAGCAAGAAGAGAAGCAGGAGGAGGAAAACACUGUGGAGAAACUGUUGGAAUCAAACAAUAAAGACGAGGAGAGUGGAAGGAAAAUGAAGACAAGCAGCCCUUGUCUUCGCAGGAGGAUGAAGGAGGUCCUGGCUCGACUUGGUCGGUUUUGUCCCAAGAUUUCUUUGAGUCGGCGACUUCUCUGGAUGGCCCUGACACUGUUUGUCGUGAUGUGUCUGGUCAUCAGUACUUUUUCAUUCUUCAGUGGCUACUACAACAGAGGUGAGGACACGUAAGGAGAGAGGGACUUUGGGACAGACGAGAUGAAGAUCUUUGAACUGUGCAGUGCCACAACCAAAGAAACCUACCACAGAAUAGCAGGGACUGCAGUCUUUCUUUGUCUCUGUCGAUUCACCGUUAUCAUCACACCCCCGGACUCACUUGAAUCCAUGACCCAGGUUCUGGAGGGUCAGAGACAUUCUAGGCGGCUUCUUCUGCCUUUGUCAUGGUUGACAGCGUUAAGUUAUGAGUUUUGUUCAGAUUGAAAAGUCAACACACUGUCUUCUGCAGUGAGAAAAUAAAAAGAUUAUUUCUAUUUAGGGACCAACUAUAUAGUGUGAAGAAAUAUGUGUAUUUAAAUUAGAUCCAUACAUAAUGAUUCUGAUUCUUGUUCUGGUACUUUGAAAGAAAAGAAAAGUUUAUUUAUCUACACUAAUGUUAAACAUGCAGUGCGUAACUGUAGUGGCCCCCCUCUGGCAGUGAGAGUAAUUACACAAACAAUACAGAGACAUUUCGACAUUUCUAAGGCGAUAAUUAGUUAUUUAUGUUGAACAAAUCCAAUCACUACAUCACUGCUGAUACACGUCACAGGGAUUUUGCCACAGACACCCGAUUUAAGAUCUACAAAUACAGAAUACAGAGAGAAUUACCAGGGGGCUAAUAGGCUUAAUCAGCAUUGUGUGAACCUUUUUGACAAGAUCUUGAAUGUGAUGAACAUUCAAUUAUAUGUAAAAGUCCCCCACACCAGCCAUUAAGUCUAAUCUUUGAUGUCCAAUAAAUAAUAAAGACCCUGAGGAAUUCUGCAUUCUAUAUUUAAAGAUAGAGAAAUUGAAGAAAUUGUUAUAUCUGUUGUUUAAGUUUUAUCAUGUGUAUUUAAAGACUUUAGUUAUAAGCACAUUCCAGUGUAGUUCCUUAAGUGCAAUAAUUUGCAUUAAAUGGUUCUCGUUUCUGUCAUUUCGGAUUGUGUCCUUGCACCCGAGAGAUUUCCUUCUUGUGUGAGAGCACUGUUUAGAUGGCAUGAGACUUAUUUUUAUCCUUUUUGCACAUCAGUUUUUUGCCUGUGUUGUUUGUUCUUAGUUGAUUUUAUGCUCUGCCACUUCGCCUUGGAAUAAAGGUGCAUGAAAGGAAA